GCUGCGUAUAGUUUUACAAGUUUGAACUGCACCCUACUAUACAUACAACAAGAAGAUAUAUCUCUUUCUCUCUCUCUCUCUCUCUCUCUCUCUCUCUCUUUAUAUAUGUUUUAGGGAGAGUAGCAGUAGAAGAUGGCCGAAGAAUCAGAGAAGAGGUUUCAUGCGGUGAUGGACAAACUUUUUCAGACUCCUCCCAAAUCCAAACUCCCUGCGACCAGUUCAUCGGAAGGUCAGUUAUCAAGAGGCAAGAAACGAGCAUAUUCCUCCUAUGCAUUAGUAGUAUCCGAUCCGAAAUCGACAUUCAAGGCGGCUGAGAGAUUACGGAAUUUGUCGGAUUUGAGCGGAGAAACUCAAGCUUCUCCUUGCAGACCCUGGGACAGAGUUGAUUAUUUUAGAAGGCUGGCCAGUUUCAAAUCUAUGUGGUGGUUUGCCAAACCGCAGGUGGUAAGUGCAGUAAACUGUGCUAGAAGGGGUUGGAUAAAUGUAGAUAUGGAUACUAUUGCAUGUGAAGCAUGUGGAGUGCGCCUUAUCUUUUCUUGUCCACCGUCUUGGAGCCAACAACAAGUUGAUAAAGCAGCCUUAGUAUUCAGCUUGAAACUUGACAGCGGACACAAGCUGCUUUGCCCAUGGGUUGACAAUGCCUGUGACGAAAAGCUAGCAGCCUUCCCACCAAUGCCUACUGCUGUUUUAGUUGAUGAAUAUAAAUCCCGUUGUUCUGCUCUAGUGCAGCUUGUAGCCCUACCUGUGAUUUCUUCUUCUAUAGUUAAUUGCUUGGGAAGCACCCGGUUAGAAGAAUUUCUCAAAACAUCUUCAGCAGUAGAGUCUGGCAGGUCCACUGAAACUUCUAGAGAAGAUGAUCUUGGAAACCAACCGAAAUCAACUUCGUCUCUCACAUAUUAUCAGGCACAAAAGCUGAUUAGUUUAUGUGGCUGGGAACCCCGUGCUUUGCCAUAUGUUGUUGAUUCCAAGGACCAGUUAAAUCAAUCUGCUAAGGAUAACAAGCAUGGAUAUUUAUCUCAGUUUAGUGGACAGAACCAUGGCAUUACCAUUCUUUCUUCUAAUGAGAAUAGUGGGGCAAAUGAUGAUAUUCAAACAUCUGAUGGUGCAAUUUAUGAUCCUAAUUCUGUUGCUUUGGAGUGUCAGAUUUGUGGGGCCCGUGUUGGAUUAUGGGCAUUUUCUACUGUUCAACGUCCUCUUGAAUUUUUAAGGUUGAGUGGAUAUAUGGAUAUUAAUAGUGAAAAUGCAGCUGAUAAUCGCAUGGGUGGUGCUCUUGGAAACCUUAUUUUGAGCAAUGACAAUCGUGAUAAUAGUAAAGAAGGCACUGCGAAUACUGCACUAGCUGUUUCCACAAUAUUGAAUGAAAGACCAAAUUUAAAUAUAACUAUUGCAGGUGGCCCCCUUCCGGCAUCGCAAAAUUAUAGGGCAAAAAUAUCACUUCCUGUUGUUGGACAGAAUAUAAGAGCUAGAUUUUCAACUGAUUCUGAGAUAAGUGAUGGCUUAACUACUGAGGACUCGCUCUUGGUAGGCAAAGGUCAGAACAUUUCUCUGGAUGAACAGAAUAAUGCCGAACAAGAAAUAUCUGAUACCAGUAAAUCAGACCCAAUUACAGAAAAGCAAUCAGAGGACACUCAGAUGGUAGCACAGGUUUCAAGUGAGGUUGGAAAACUACCAGAUCAUGCAGAUGAUGUUGAGAUAGUUGAUCCAGUUGUUGCAGAUCAUUCUACAUCCCAAACUGGAGAUGAUCUUGGAUCAAUUAGAGAAGGUGGAGACACAUCUCAUCAGGGAAAAACUACUGAGCAUAAUGGAUUAGAGGUUGGAACUUACAAUUCAAAACAAGCCAUCAAGCAAGGUGACAGCAAGGAUGAUGGAGUACAAUCGACAGUUCAGAACCGUGAUGUUGUGCCAACUAUAGCAAAGACUUUACAAGAAGUACCACUAGACAAAGGUACAGAGUUCGAUCCGAUAAGGCUACACAAACAUUUCUGUCCCUGGAUUGCAUCUAGUAGUGGCUCUGCACCUGGAUGGCAACAAACGUUAUCUGCUUUAGAAUGUCAUAAGGAGUUUUCUCAUCCUUUGACUGGAGAUGCCCCUUCGUCAUCCCUGAUUAAGGUUGAUGAUCCUGUUGCUUCGGUGAAAAGGCUUUUUACACCUACCCCUUCAAAAAGAAAGAAGCUUAUCCAGUCUAGUUAAACACAAUAUAUUGCCACCAGAUUGCAAACCAGUGCAGUAUGCUACGCUCUCAAUUCACAAGAGGAAAUGGAAGCGCAAUGCAUUUCAUAAUGGAGAUCAAUUUUUCUGAGCCACUUGCUCCUAGAGACGAGGUAGGGGAUGAGUUGUCUGACCAGUUCCUGUAUUGCUUGAGAGGUCUAUUAACAUUUUGAAAUCGAGAUAGAGAGGGAGAGAAAUAUCCUUUUUUUACGACAGCAUUUUUUACAUUGUAAAAGAUCCUAUGAUGAAUAUUAUUUAAAGUAUGAAUGCAGUACAAGUUUGCCAA